AUGGCGCUAUUCGACACCCUUUCCCUUAUUGAAAUUCCUAUUGAAGGUGAUAGCAAUGGCUUCGAAAAUGACAGUCAUAAGAGCUUAGUCGCAAAACGAGAAUGGCCUUUUAAUGGAGUAACUACUACCUCUACGAACUAUCGUUCCAUUCGAUCUACUUCCAUUCUCGCUGGUAUUUUCUUGAUCCAUUUUUUCUCGCGUAAGACUGUAAUAAAGAUGAAAAUCUUGACCGACGGAUGGAGGAAAAAGUUCGCCCUCGGCUUACGCCGUACACGUAGCUUGAAUAAAAAAAGUGGCAAAAAUAUCGCUGUCCCUAUGCCUGUAACUAUUAAAUUCGAUAUCAUGCCCAUCCAUUUCCCAAAUGGCAGAUAG